GCGCAAGCUGAACCUAGUUCUUAAACGUCAAACCACCAAACUUCAUUUGGUAAUUGUCAUAUGAUUGAUGAAAGCUGUCAAAGUCAUUCUGUCAAAAAUUCCUUUUUAGAGUGUCCCAUACACUUUUUAGCACGUGUAAGGCAAACUAAGGCACGCACGAUGGUAGCCCAAAAGAAACAGAAAAAGGCGAUCGAAAGUAUCAACAGCCGUUUGGCUUUGGUUAUGAAAUCGGGAAAAUACUGUUUAGGAUAUAAACAAACCCUGAAGACUCUUAGACAAGGUAAAGCCAAAUUGAUCAUCAUUUCCAACAACACGCCAUCGUUAAGGAAGUCAGAAAUUGAAUACUACGCGAUGUUGGCUAAAACUGGCGUCCACCACUACACUGGAAACAAUGUAGAAUUAGGUACCGCCUGCGGUAAAUACUUUAGGGUGUGCGCCAUGUCCAUCACCGAUCCUGGUGACUCUGACAUCAUUAAGUCCAUGCCCGCUGGUGAUGGUGCUGCACAAUAGUUUUA